AGCUUUUGAAUUUAGCGAUGGUUUUGUUGUUGGAACAAUUCUGGCACUUUAUUUGAUUUUGACACAAUGGUGUUGUGUUUUUGUUAAGUUUUGAGUGUCUUGUCUUUAGAAUGGAAGACGUCGAAAAUCAACAGAAUCUCGACGAAUUGUGGAAACAUGUUUGUAUUCUGUUUCCGAUUCUAUGUCAUGAGAACCAAGACCAAAACAGACAAGAUUGCCCAAGCGAUGAACUCUCUAUUAUGCAAAGUAUUGUCGGUCAAGGGCAGGAAGCAAUUGUUGAACAAUUGGUUUUAAAUGAAAUUGAAACACAACUUCGAAGAGAUAUUGUUCCCACUUUCUGGAGGCAUUUCUCCGAUGAUGAGAUUAAAAUCCAUGGCUUAGAAGGUUUCAAAGGAGCAGUCGAUUCACUGUAUGAUUCAUUGUCUACUAUUGUACCAUUCCUUCAAACUCUUGAAUUGUUGCGACAAACUGCACAAUCAGAGAGACAAGUGUAUGGGCAGCUGUCGCUUAUGGAAACGUUUAAAGUUAUGGUAAGAGCUUCCUUGCAUUCUCAGCUCCCUCUUGACUAUCAAGCUAUCACUGAAGACUUUUAUAGAGUAGCUUUCAAAGUAUUUUGCAAUUCUGAAAAUAAAGAAAUAGAUCAGAAUGAAUCAGCCGAAGAUAUUGUACAAUGUGCUGGUUGCUGUCAUGAAAUCGAAUUUUGUCAAUGCCAAACCAUAAUUGAAGCAUUUCAUGAUAUUAAUGGAAAACUACAAGAGUUAGAUCUUUUAGAACGUCUAGCAGGAGACGUUCUAACAACUAUGAUUCAUAGAAGAAUUGAAAACCAUGUUCAAGAGACGUGCAAAGGUAGCUUUGAUGUCUCACAUAUUGGCUCACUUGAAGUGUGGCUGGACACAGUGGUCAUGGGCUGGUUAAGUAGGAUUUACAGUUCAGGGUCUUUUGGUUUUCGAGAAUCAGAAAACAAAGAGACUCAUUCAACUGUCGAAACACUAUCAAAAAUGAAACAAACUCUGCGUCAUUUUUUGUAUGAGACUUACACAAGAACACGCAUUGAUCAACUCUUCAAUAUCAUCAUUGAGUAUCCUGAUUCUGAACCAGCAGUGGAAGAUUUGCGUAUUUGUUUACUAAAAACUGAUUUACGUCAACACUUGACCCAAAAACUUCAGAGGGCUCUUGAAACUCGAUUACUUCACCCAGGUGUGAACACACCUGAUAUAUUAACAGCAUAUGUUGCAGCCAUUAGAGCAUUACGAACAUUGGAUCCAUCUGGGGUUCUGUUGGAUACUGUUACUCAGCCAGUAAGACAGUAUUUACGUUGGAGAGAUGACACCGUACGUUGUGUUGUAACUAGCCUCACAGAGGAAGGCCCAAGUGAGCUAGCAGAAGAACUUUCAAGGGGUGAAGCUUUACAACUAGAUGAUCUUACUCCAUCAGAAGAAGACACAAAAAACUGGGAGACCUGGAAUCCUGAUCCUGUUGAUGCUGACCCUUCCAAGACAUCACAAAGCAGAAGAACCUCUGAUAUUAUUUCCAUGCUUGUGAAUGUAUAUGGUAGCAAGGACCUUUUUGUUAAUGAGUAUCGUACAUUGCUUGCUGACCGCCUUCUUAGCUCAUUAAACUAUAAUACAGACAAGGAAAUUAGAUAUCUAGAGCUUCUAAAACUCAGGUUUGGAGAAUCUCAGUUGCACUAUUGUGAAGUAAUGUUGAAAGAUAUUUAUGACUCUAAAAGAAUCAAUACUCAUCUGCAUUCUGAUACUAAUUUCAAUUUAGACAACCAGGAGUUUGCCAUCACAGCAAUGAUUUUGUCAGCACAGUUUUGGCCCCAUUUUAACAAAGAAACUCUUGAACUUCCGGAAUUUGUGCAGGAGCACUUGAAUACCUACACUAAAGCCUUUGAGACCUUGAAAGGUAACCGAACACUAAGCUGGAAACCUCAACUUGGUUCAGUAAAUUUGGACAUUGAAUUAAAAGACCGAAAAAUCAACCUUACAGUGUCUCCCAUUCAUGCUACAAUAAUUUGGCACUUCCAAAGCAAAAACCAGUGGACUAUAGAAGAAUUAAGUCAAAUCAUGCAUGCUCCAGCAACUUUGGUGCGAAGGAAAAUCACAUAUUGGCAAUCACAGGGGUUGUUGCAUGAAAUAGGUCCAGAUUCUUUUGAAUUAGUUGAGGAAAGUGGACCAAGAGUUAAAGGUCACAUACCAUCAGAAAUAGUAUGUGAUGACGAGGAGACUGAAAGUGCUAUGGCAUCAGCUCAAGAGCAACGAGAAGAAGAACUCCAGGUGUUCUGGUCGUAUAUUGUUGGCAUGCUCACCAACUUGGAUUCAAUGCCUUUGGAGCGUAUCCUCCAAAUGUUGAAGAUGUUUGCUCUUCAAGGACCUACUACUAUUGAAGUUGGUCUUCAAGAACUCAGACAUUUCUUGGACCGAAAAGUAGCAGAAGAGAAGCUUUUAUUCUAUGGUGGAGUUUACCGUCUUCCAAAAUCAUAGCACUUAGAUCUGCGUCGUGGAAAAUUAUUUUGUGAUAUUAAUGGUGGCUAAAUCAUUAUUUUGCUUAGUUUUAAUUGGCUUAGUCAAUCAGAUUACUUUAUUAUAUCUUCUGUCAAAGUAGAAGUAUUCAAUCAGUGACUUUUAUAAAUCCCUAUCACUAACACUGGUGAUAGAGGAAUGUGAAAAACAAUGAAUUAAAAGUAACAAUAAUACAAUGUUAACGCUUUUUAUACACACAGGGCUCUAAAGCCAAAGCUGGUAACUUCCCUGUUUUGGAAGCUUUACGAGUUUUCUUAAAGUCCAUAAAAAUAAACAUUUGAUUUGACAA